CGGGCACUACAUAUUCUGGUCAACUUAUUACAAAGAGUUGAAUACCCAAUGCUAUCUUCCUUGAACAACGACGACAAUGUUAAUGUACGUUCUCUUUAUCCCACCGAGCAAAAAAUGCAAUUAAUGGUUGCUUCGAGGUCGAGAGGUCAGCUCUCCGGCGGCAGCUGGAGCCCCGGCCCGGCCGUGAUCUCAAGUGCUCCAUUGAUCGAAAAUGGAUGCCGAUGCCGAUGCCGAUGGGGAAGGAGUCGGAUGGAGAUGGACCUCCCAUGCAGAAAAGUCAGCUUGCUUUGAGAGUAUCGAUCGGUUUUGGAGGCGUCAGCAUGUUGGUUGUGCAACGGGCCUGCCGGCCCGAUUCUGGAGAAUUGCCAAUACGAUCAAGAAAGCUGGCCUCGGUUAUGAAUGCCAAGGAGAUGGAGCUAUCGCUUAUAAUAGAUGAUCGAGUGAAAGGAAUGGUGCUAAAUGUAGCAUCCAUUUAUGUAGGCCAACGCAUCGGCAGGAUAAUUGCUAAUGUGGAAGAGAGACAAAAGAAGCAAGACAUGAGCCUAAACAAGAGAUAA